AUGAAUCCCUAAGUCAGAUAUAGGCCUCCUCUUCCUAAAUUCGACUAAAAAUUAGUAGAUAUUAAAAAUAUCGAAGAAACUAAAUAGAAGUCUGUGUUAUAGAAGUCAGACAAGAGAAGGUUUAAAUAAGUGAACCUUUUGAUUGAUGAGAUGCUCAAAAAGCUCACACAAGUUAAUUUUUAAUUCCUGUAAAAUUUAAACCAAGAAAACAUCAAAGUUCAAUGUCUAGAGAUAUUGGGGGAUGAAUUAAUAGAAAAAGUAAAAUCGAGAAAAUAUUCCUCGAUAGCUUGUGCUUUGAUUAUCCACUCCCUAAGAAUAUUGCUUAUCCCAUUGAGAAUCAAAGAAAUUACUUAAAUUAUUGAUGUGGACGAGAAGCAAGUUCGCAAGAUCUUAAUUCAACUGAAUUUAAUUAAACCAUUCAACGAAGACGCCUUUACAAUAGCUUUCAUGAUUAGAAUUUGUACUUGCAUAGGAUUUAAUCAGAAAUUUUAAACUUUAUGCAAAUUCUUCUAUUCACAUCUGAAGAAUUUGCAUCUCGUUUAAGGAGAACACGAGCAUGUCAUAGCUUCAGUCUUGGUUAAACUAACAGGAGAUUUCAUAUUCAAAGAGAAGGGAGGAAUCAAUAUACACACAGUAUCUGAAAUCGCUGGAUGUUGUGAGAUCUCCCUUAAAACUCUCUUAUCAAAAUUAACACCUUAUAAUUAAACUAUGUAUGAAUCAGCUUUUGAAUUUUAUCAGAGAACUAAAUGA